AUGCAGAAAAGAAAAAUAAGCACAACAAGAACACUUUCCCCCAUAAGAACAUUUCGUCCCAUAAGAACACAUUCCCCCAUAAGAACAUUUUGCCCCAUAGGUAUUUUGGUUUGUUGGCACCCCACCGCCUGCCCCACCACAACAAUGUGUGAGGUAUGUUUGGCUUUUCCCUGGGAGAUGGAAGUGCGUAAGCUGUGCGCCGCGGAUGGACAGCCCUCAUUGCCAAAGGCGAGCCGUGGUUCACUUCAGAGGCUCGCGGCACCUGCCCCAGGAUGUUGGCAAAAAAAAAAGUUGAGGAGGGUACGGCACCCCGGGUUCCAGCGCCAUCACUGA